AUUUGAAUUGUCAGUAAGUGGAAAACUUGGCUGUUGGUUUCGGUUCUGUCUUCGCACAUAGUUGCUGCUAGUUACCACUACCUAGUCCUGAUUUUCCACUUGUAGAUACAGUUAAAAAUAAAAUAUAUACAACCUUCAAAUGAGUUAAUUUCUCCCUGAGAAAUCCAAGAUUGACAAACUCUCAAUCUGAUCAGUCUCUGCAAAAUGAAAAAAGCAUAUUCAAUCCCAUUAUGCAGCUUUCUCCUCCUCCUUUUUCUUAGCCAUGCUGUCUCCCAGUCACUGCAGAAGCAAGAACAAACAGUGCUUCUGAAGCUAAAGAAGCAGUGGGAAAACUUUACUCUUAUGAGUCAAUGGAUCCCAUCAACCAACUCUUCUUCUCACUGCUCUUGGCCUGGUAUCAGUUGCACGUCUAACUCUGUCACCGGGCUGAAUCUUUAUGAUGUAAACAUCACCACACCAGUUCCUUCUUUUAUCUGUGACCUCAAAAACCUCACAGACAUUAAUCUGGGGUACAACUUUAUUCCUGGGGAGUUUCCGAAAGCUCUUUACAACUGUUCAAAGCUUGAAUAUUUAGACCUCUCCGACAACUGCUUCGUGGGAACCAUUCCUAGCGACAUCAACAGAAUGGUUCAGCUUCGGAAUCUUUCUCUCGGCGGUAAUAACUUCUCCGGCAACAUCCCAGCAGUCAUCGGACAGCUUCAGGAACUGAGAAAACUCAAUCUAGGGGCAAACCUAUUUAAUGGCUCUUUACCGCCAGAAUUGGGUAGCUUGUAUAAUCUUGAUAUGCUGUCGUUGUCCCAUAAUGGCAAUCUUUCGCCGUCAAAGCUGCCUUCCAACUAUACCCAAUUGAAGAAAUUGACAAAAUUGUGGAUUUCUAGCUCGCAAUUGAUCGGAGGAAUACCUGAAAGUAUUGGAGAUAUGACAGCGUUGGAGUUUUUGGAUCUAUCGGCUAAUAACUUGAGUGGCAAAAUCCCAGAUGGGUUGUUCAAGUUGAAGAAUUUAAGCAUUGUUUUUCUACACAGGAACAAGCUUUCUGGGGAGAUUCCUCAGGUGGUUGAAUCUCUGAAUUUGACUAUAAUUGAUGUCUCACAGAACAACUUAACAGGGAGAAUACCACAAGACUUUGCGAAGCUAAGCAAUUUAACGGGUUUGGCUUUGUUUAUGAAUAAUUUAUCCGGAAAUAUUCCAGAAGGCAUGGGCAAAUUGCCAAAUUUGAUAGAUUUCAGUAUUUAUACCAACAAUUUGUCAGGCGUUUUGCCUCCGGAUUUGGGCAAGUAUUCGAAGCUCAGAACGUUCGAGGUCUCCUCCAAUAGGCUUGAAGGCAAAUUGCCAGAGCAGCUUUGUUCUGGGGGUAUAUUGACCGGAGUCGUGGCUUAUGACAACAAUCUCAGCGGUGAACUGCCAGAAGGACUCGGAUCAUGUAGCUCUUUGACUAUGGUCAAAGUGUCAAACAACAAAUUUUCUGGGACUGUUCCUAGUGGUCUGUGGAAAUCGCUCAAUUUAACUCACUUGAUGCUGGGCAACAACUCAUUCACUGGUGUGCUUCCUGGGAAAUUGGCCGGGAAUCUUUCUCUGCUGGAAAUCAAUGACAACAAUUUUUCAGGUAACAUUCGAAUUGAUUCGUCUUCCUGGAGUAAUUUGGUGGUUUUUAAGGCCAGUAAUAACCACUUGACAGGAUCCAUCCCUUCUGAAUUAACCAAUCUUUCACUUUUGACAACUCUUUCGCUUGACCAGAACAAGCUCACAGGGGAACUUCCUUCUUGUAUAAAGUCGUGGAAGUCUCUAAACGCUCUUAAUCUCCGUCAAAACCAACUCUCUGGACAAAUUCCAGCUGCUCUUUUUUUCUUGCCUACUCUAACCACUUUAGACCUCUCAGAUAACAAACUUUCUGGCCAAAUUCCAUCUCAACUUGGUCAAUCGAAGAUCAAUUCUCUUAAUCUCUCUUCCAAUAAGCUAACUGGAACAAUUCCACGUACAUUCGAGAACGGUGCAUAUGCUGACAGCUUCUUGGACAAUCCUGGUCUCUGUACAAGCUCCAACAUUUUAAAACUCAAGCUCUGUAGUUCCCUGCCCGAAAAGCGGGACAAAAUUUCAACCCCAUAUCUUGUUUUGAUUAUAACACUAGGCACAGCUGUCUUCUUGUUAGUUGUGUCCUUCUUAUUCUUCAUCAUCAGAAGCCAUUGGAGCAAAAACGGACUUGAAUCCAAAUGGAAGCUAACCUCAUUCCAGAGAAUAUCUUUCACAGAAUCAAAGAUCGUGUCCGGAUUGAAUGGCAAUAAUCUGAUUGGAAGUGGAGGCUUCGGUAAGGUCUACCGUGUCCCUGUGAAUCGUGAAGGCGAUGUUGUCGCCGUCAAAAAAAUAUGGAACAAGAACGUGGACCACAAGCUCGAGCAAGAAUUCCUUGCGGAAGUUGAGAUACUGAGCUCAAUUAGACAUUCCAACAUAGUGAAACUCAUGUGCUGUAUCUCUAGUGAGAGUUCAAAACUUCUAGUCUAUGAGUACAUGGAAAACCGGAGCCUAGACCGAUGGCUACACGGCAAGCACAAUCAACGCAUCGUCUCAACCUCCGGUUCUGUCCAUGUUAUCUCCCUUGACUGGCCCAAGAGGCUACAAAUAGCAGUUGGCGCUGCACAAGGCCUCUGCUAUAUGCACCAUGAUUGCGUGCCACCAGUUAUUCACAGAGACAUUAAAUCAAGCAACAUCUUGCUAGACUCCGAAUUCAACCCGAAAAUAGCCGACUUCGGCCUAGCCAAGUUGUUGGUCAAGCAAGGAGAGCUUGCGACAAUGUCUAAUGUGGCUGGUUCUUUCGGCUACAUGGCUCCAGAGUACGCUCAUACAGUAAGAAUCAACGAAAAGAUUGAUGUAUAUAGUUUCGGUGUCGUUCUCCUGGAACUGGCCACCGGAAGAGAAGCGAACAACGGCGGCGGCGACGAGCACAGCUCCCUCUCCGACUGGGCAUGGCGUCACGUCCAAGACGACAAGCCGAUCGCCGAAGCUUUGGACCCGGAGGUAAAGGAGCCGUGUAAUGUGGAAGAAAUGUGCUUGGUCUUCAAGGUCGGGAUCAUAUGUACGGAGACUCUGCCUUCCAGGAGGCCUUCCAUGAAAGAAGUUGUACAACUCUUGCAGCGAUGUAGCCGUCCUGUGAUGAGUUACGGCAAAAAGUUCUCCUUAACUGAAUACAAUGCCGCUCCGCUCCUGAAGAACUCGAAGCGCGAGAAUAUUUUAGAAGAUGAAGACGAAAUUAAUUUUGCUAGCAUUGUAUGAUUUAAUCGCAAUAGAUUUAAGGUUUAGAAGCAGUUUGUUAUUAGAGCAGAGUUGAGUAAUUCAGUCCUAACUAAAUAGAUACAGUUAGGAAACUACGCAUCAUGUAUAUAUUUUCUUAAGUAGUCAUGAAAUAAAACAAUGGGUUAGACUUGAGGAAGAAGCACUCUUUGGUGUUUGGAAGGUUAACCCGGCAUUUUGACCAUUUCCCGCCUAUGAAAUAAUUUGCUAUGUUGUAUGCAAGGAUAUGAUGGCUGUUGUGCAUUUAUAAAAACAUGCAGGUAAAGCGAUUUUAUAUUCUUA